GUAGGGUCCUCCGGAGCCUAGAGGGGCCAGCGGUAGGGAGAGCGUGACCUUGAGUGGGCAUGUCUGCAUCUGGAAUGCUGCGGAAAUCCCUGUCUUUCCUGGGUUGGCCAGGAAGGGAUCAGGUUACCUUCUGGUCUGUCAACCCAGGGGCUCCCUUGUUGGGAUAUCCAAGCCAGGACUGACUGAGGGGCCCCAGCUAGUCUGCGGGGACUGGGAGGGAAACCGAAAAGGGCCGGAAUCUCCCGGAGACCCACAGGAGAGAGGAGGCUCCGAGGAGGGCCUGGUGGGGCAGGCCGCGGCCAGAGCGCAGCGUGGGGUGAUAGAGACCGGAGCAGCGCGCGAGGCUGGGAGUUGAUGUGAAGAGACUCGCGGGACCGAGACGCAGUGACCCUCGGCGGCGGCGGGGCAGCGGGUGGCUCUCUCCACUCCGGCGCUACGGGGACGUGCGCGCGCCCUCGGCCUAGCGCCCCGCCCUCCGGUCCUCCCGUCCUCCCCGCGCCGCCUCCCAGCGCCAUUCCCCGGGUCCCCCUCGUCCCAGCCAUGGAGGGUUUGGUGCUGCGUCCAGCCAAGGGCUACAGGGUGGUGCUGCUCGGCAGCGUGGCGGUGGGCAAGACGGCGCUGGCCACGCAGUUCGCGUGCGGCCGCUUCCCCGAGCGCUGCGAGCCGUCGGUGGAGGAGUUGUUCAGCAAGGUGAUCGAGGUGAAUCGGGCUCCCGCGCUGCUGGAGAUCGUAGACACGGUGGGCGCCGAGCACCUGGUCACCCUCAAGGACCUGUACAUCAGGAACAGCGACGGCUUCGUGGUGCUCUACAGCGUGUGCGACGAGGCCUCGUUCCAGGCCGUGCGGCCACUUCGGGAGCACAUGGGCCAGCUGCGGGGCUCUCGCGCCGUCCCGCUCGUGUUGGUGGGCACCAAGGUCGACCUGGACGCCGAGCGCCAGGUGCUGACGGCUCAGGGCCGCAUGCUGGCCCGCGAGUGGCGCUGCCCGUUCCUGGAGAUCACGGCCAAGAGCAAAAUGAUGGUGGACCGCGUAUUCACGCGGGUGGUUAGCGAGAUGGAGGCCCUUGCCCCUCCGGUGCAGGAAGCUCCCCGCAUCCCAGCCAACGCCCCGGAGACGUGGCCCGCCGAGAGGUUCAUUGGCUAGCGCGCCACGGCCCACCCGCCCAGUGCCUUUACCAAGCAAGUUACCGAAUCCGAAUCCGUAAGCAAGUGGCUGCUUCAGUAUACUCCAGACGGUGCUUCAGUCUGCCUGCGUGUCUUUCUUCAACGUUAGGCAAAACUUUGCAGUCUCCCCGCCAUGGACCGCCGACUGUG